UUUUUCUCCGUUUCCGUUUUCUGCGAGGAAUUUGCAACAGUAUCGCCGGAUGAGCAGCGGAGCAAUGGAUGUUGCAAUGAAAUUCCUGGUCUGUGCAAUAUUUUUGGGGGCGAUAACAUCAGUGAAAGCUGCAGACCGUAAAUCCAUACCUUCAGAGAACCUGCUGGUUAUAACGGCAGCUACGAGAGAGACGGACGGGUUCAAGCGCUUCAUGAGAACAGCCAGGCAGUUUAACUACACAGUCAAGGUCCUGGGCCUGGGGGAGGACUGGAAGGGUGGGGACGUGGCUCGCACUGUCGGGGGCGGUCAGAAGGUGAGGUGGCUGAAGGAGGAGAUGGAGCAGCACGCUGAGAGGGAUGAGCUGGUGGUGAUGUUUGUAGACAGCUACGAUGUCAUCUUUGCUAGCAGCCCUCGGGAGCUGCUGUUGAAGUUUCAGCGCUUCAAUCACCGGGUGGUUUUCUCGGCCGAAGGGUUCUGCUGGCCGGACCAGAAGCUUGCGUCCAAAUACCCCCCCGUUUACAACGGCAAGCGGUACCUCAACUCCGGAGGGUUCAUUGGCUAUGCGACUGACCUCAGCCGGCUGGUUCAGUCAUGGUCAUUCCGUGAUGAUGAUGAUGACCAGCUGUUCUACACCAACAUCUACCUGGACCAGGUCCAGCGGGAAAAAUACAACAUGACACUAGACCACAAGUCAAAGAUAUUUCAGAAUCUCAACGGCGCUGUGGAGGAGGUGGUGCUGAAGUUCGAGAAGGGGCGUGUCCGAGCCAGAAACGUGGCCUAUGACACGCUUCCUGUCGUCAUCCACGGAAACGGCCCCACCAAGCUCCAGUUGAACUACCUGGGGAACUACGUACCGUCUGCCUGGACUCACGAGGGGGGCUGUGAGAUCUGCAAUGAUGACCUGCUGGACCUCACGCAGCUCCAGGACGAGGAGCUCCCGCAGGUUUGGAUCGGUGUGUUCAUCGAGCAGCCCACACCCUUCUUCCCAGAGUUCCUGGAGAGGCUGGUAACCAUGGACUACCCGAGCGACAAGAUCAGCCUGUUCAUCCACAACAACGAAGUUUAUCACGAGAAGCACAUUCAGGCCUUCUGGGAAAAACACAAGGACAAGUUUCACAAAACCAAACUGAUCGGACCGGAGGAGAAUCUGAAGCACGGCAAGGCCAGGAACAUGGGCAUGGACUCCUGUCGUCAGGACCCGCAGUGUGAUUACUACCUCAGCAUCGACGCAGACGUGGCGCUGAUCAACCCAGAGAGCCUGAAGAUCCUGAUCGAAGAGAACAAGUCUGUGAUUGCUCCCAUGAUGUCUCGCUCUGGGAAGCUCUGGUCUAAUUUCUGGGGCGCGCUCAGCCCUGAGGGGUACUACUCCCGAUCAGAGGAUUACAUCGACGUGGUGCAGGGCAAGAGAGUGGGUGUGUGGAACGUGCCCUACAUCACGCAGGUGUACCUGGUGAAGGGGCGCACCCUGCGCAGGGAGCUGGCCCAGAGAGACAUGUUCACCCAGGAGGGCAUGGACCCCGACAUGGUGUUCUGCAGGAACGUGAGGGAGCAGGGAGUCUUCAUGUUCCUCACUAACAGGGAUGAGUUUGGCAGGCUGGUCUCCACAGCCAAUUACAACACGAGCCGUCUCCAUAGCGACAUGUGGCAGAUCUUCGAGAACCCGUUGGACUGGAAGGAGAAAUACAUCCACGAAAACUAUUCAAAAAUAUUCGAGGAAGACGGUACAGUGGACCAGCCCUGCCCAGAUGUAUACUGGUUCCCUGCUUUCUCUGAUAGGAUGUGCGACGAGCUCGUGGAAGAAAUGGAAAAUUUCGGCCAGUGGUCAGGAGGCAAACACACGGACGAGCGUUUAUCGGGGGGUUAUGAGAACGUUCCCACCGUCGAUAUCCACAUGAACCAGAUCAGCUUCGAAAAGGAAUGGCUGAAAUUCCUGAAGGACUACAUCGUUCCCGUCACGGAGAAACUCUACCCAGGAUACUAUCCCAAGGCCCAAGCUGUAAUGAACUUUGUGGUUCGGUACCGUCCAAACGAACAGCCUUCUCUCCGCCCCCACCAUGAUUCCUCCACGUUCACCAUCAACGUGGCUCUCAACAGCAAAGGACAAGACUACCAGGGGGGUGGCUGUCGAUUCCUUCGCUACAACUGCAGUGUCGAAGCCCCCAGGAAAGGGUGGUCUUUCAUGCACCCUGGGCGCCUGACGCAUUACCACGAGGGCCUGCCCACCACGCAGGGCACCAGAUACAUCAUGGUCUCUUUCGUGGACCCCUAAUCUCGAGAGGGUGUGGGAGGGAGACCUGAGUUUAUAUCAUACAGGUGGAGAGGAAACUGACACCAUUUUGGCUCCAACAUGGUUAGGAUUGUGGAUUAAGCUGAAGAGCAGAUUGAGCCAAAAUGGCGGACAUCAGGCUACAGUUUCGUCAUCCCACCCUCCAUUCCUUUCGUAGGUUGAUCAGAGGCAAUUUCUAAUGGAAAAUUCCAAUCACUUAGUUUUGAGGUUGCUGUAUCAAAACGGAAUCCAAGGAAUGAAUCCGAAUCCGGAACAAGCCAGGAGAAUUCCGGAAUUCCAGAUUCCUAAUCGUGUGUGUGUGUGUGGUUUUUUUUUAUUUUUUAAAUGAUCAUUAAAACUAUUUUAAUAGUAAUAUUAAUAAAGAUACUGCAGUUGUAUUUUUGGAGAAAUAUAUAUAUAUUUUUUUUGACAAUAAAAGUCCCGUCGUCCCCCCCCCCCC